AUCAGAAAGAAGGGGAGCAACUGAGAAACAAAGGGUGAUGGAGAACAGUAGUGAAUGUGGUCCUCUUCAGCAGGCACUUGUUGCUCCUGGCCUGCUUGGUGGAACUGCAGAAAUAGAACCCCCUAAACCUGUUCCCUCUGGAUGGGAAAGAGUGGUGAAGCAAAGGUUAUCUGGGAAAACAGCUGGAAGAUAUGAUGUGUAUUUUAUCAGCCCACAGGGAUUGAAGUUCAGAUCCAAACGUUCACUCGCUGAUUAUCUUCUCAAAGUGGGAGAGACCUCUCUUACCAAAGAAGAUUUUGAUUUUACUGCCUUUUCCAAGAGGAGCCGCAAGCCCAGAUGUGAAGACUACCAGGAGGUUCCGACACCCCAAUUGGAAAACGAAAGGAAUAAUUCAAACUGGAGCCUCAGAACCCAAAGCAGCGGGAAAAAAGAUGAAUUUUUUCUGCCAAGUGGUAGUUUGGAAUUGCAGAAAAGCAAAAAACUGUCCCACUGUGCUUCUUCUGCUGAUUUGCUUGUAGGAGAAAAUGAAAGUAUGCCUGAUGUUGUUUCUGGAAAGGUUAGAAAGGCUAAAGGAAGGGUGACUCGGUGCAGGAAGAAUGUUUCAGAGUCUGUUCAAAGUAAAAGAGAAAGAGCACCUGGGAAUAAUAACACAAAUGUGCAAAGUGGGCUUGUUUUCCCAGAAAGUCACCCUGAUCGAACUUGCCACGUAUCUGACACCAGAGCCAACAAGCCAAUCCUCUCAGUGACCAGUGCAAAAAGGAGAGUUAAAAAGGCAACAUCAUUGAGUGCAGGACCGAAUUUUCUACCUGACCAAAUAACUUCUGACAUCAUAAGCAAUUUAGAUCCAGCCAGAGGACAAGAAGGAACUGAGAAGUGUGAGAAUACCUUAUUAGAAUCAAAGGAAAUAAGAAUGAAAGUAGACGUUGGGGGAAGGAAGGAGGAUUUGCAUAUUGACUGUUUAAAACCUGGUUCUGAAAUGGAUGACAGCUGCUCGCAAACUAAGAAAGAAUCUUCUGUCAAAAUAGUUAAAGAGGAUGUGGUUCCCCGGACACAGAUAGAAAAAAGAAAAACAAGCCUGUAUUUUUCCAGCAAAUACACCAAAGAAGCUCUUAGCCCCCCUCGACGCAAAGCGUUCAAGAAGUGGACGCCUCCUCGAUCACCUUUUAACCUCGUCCAAGAAACACUAUUUCAUGAUCCGUGGAAGCUCCUAAUUGCGACUAUAUUUCUCAAUCGGACCUCAGGGAAAAUGGCAAUCCCUGUUCUUUGGGAGUUUCUGGAAAAAUAUCCUUCAGCUGAGGUAGCAAGAACCGCGGACUGGAGAGAAGUGUCAGAACUUCUUAAACCACUUGGUCUCUACGAUCUUCGAGCAAAAACCAUAAUCAAAUUCUCAGAUGAAUAUCUGACAAAGCAAUGGCGGUAUCCUAUCGAGCUUCAUGGUAUUGGCAAAUAUGGCAACGACUCCUACCGAAUUUUCUGCGUCAAUGAGUGGAAGCAGGUACACCCUAAAGACCACAAGUUAAAUAAAUAUCAUGACUGGCUUUGGGAAAAUCAUGAAAAAUUAAGUCUGUGUUGAAACUUUGAAGUUUUACGGCUUAUUUUUAAAUCCAUUGCUUUGCACUUUGCUUCUUAAAGUUCCAUGGAGCAGAAACUCCAC